UACCGUGACGAGGGUGCCCUGCCUACGGACGCCGUGGCGGCGUUUCUGCCUGCGAAGGCAAGGGGAGAGGAAAAAGUGAAAUCGGAGCCCACUGACGAGAAGAUGGCGGCUGAAGAUGGCGUCACAGCCGCGACCGAAGUCACGGAAGAGACCGCCGAACGGGCCAAGGCGGCCGAACGAGACGACUUAUCAAAGCAGAAGACCAAGUUGAUGUCGGGCCAUGAACCGAGUGGAAUGGAGGGGUUCGACGAGCUGAUCGGCGGCGAAUCUUCCGGCAGACGAGGCAAACUACGCAAGGUCUGGCAUGACGCAACAUCGUGCAUUGACACCCUUCAGCUGCCCACAUUGGCCUCGACGACCUGUUCCAUCGGGCAACUGUCUGGGCUUCUGCCCGUCGGAGGGCGUAAUAUCGGUCGUCGGAUCAACGGCCAACUGAAACCGAUCACUCCGGCCCGGCUGGCCGCGAGUCUGUUGAAUGCGGCCAGUGAUCCGAAUCCCGUAUUCUGGUUCGAUCUAUUCAAUCAGCUCGAAGUGAUUCCCGAUCCAAAUACAAUUCCGCGAGUUCCGAAUCAAGUGAGUCACGAACCAGCUCGAAACUUUGCAUGCCGAUUGGAUAGACUGUCAAGCUACACUUUGAAAAAAUACCGGUUUUUUUUAUGA